UUGGGGAAAAAACCAAUGUACAAGCCUGUUGACCCUAACUCUCCGGUGCAGUCCACCUACAACUACAACAUGAGAGGAGGUGCUUAUCCCCCGAGGUACUUUUACCCAUUUCCAGUUCCACCUUUACUUUAUCAAGUUGAACUUUCUGUGGGAGGACAGCAAUUUAAUGGGAAAGCAAGGACGAGACAGGCUGCAAAGCAUGAUGCUGCUGCUAAAGCACUGAGGAUCCUGCAGAAUGAGCCACUGCCUGAGAGGCUAGAGGUGAAUGGAAGAGAAUCUGAAGAAGAAAAUCUCAAUAAAUCCGAAAUAAGUCAAGUAUUUGAGACUGCACUUAAACAGAACUUGCCUGUGAAUUUUGAGGUUGCCCGGGAAAGUGGCCCACACCAUAUGAAGAGCUUUGUGACCAAGGUGUUGGUUGGGGGGUUCAUAGGGGAAGGUGAAGGGAAGAGCAAGAUUUCAAAGAAGAAUGCUGCUAUGGCUGUUCCUGAGGAACCGAAGAAGUUACCUCCCCUGACAACAGCUGAGCGAGUAAAACCCAGGAUCAAAAAGAAAACAAAACCCUCCACAGUCAAGUUACAGACAAGACCAGAAUAUGGCCAGGGGAUGAACCGCAUUAGCCGACUGGCCCAGAUCCAGCAAGCGAACAAGGAGGAGGAGCCGGAGUACGUGCUCCCCACAGAGCGAGGCCUCCCUUGCCACACCGCAGAAGGAACGGGCACCAAUAAGAAAGCGGCCAAACGAAGUGCAGCCGAGAAUAUGCUGGAGAUCCUUGGUUUUAAAGUCCCACAGGCUCAGCCCACCAAACCAGCACUCACAUCAGUGGAGAAGACACCAAUAAAGAAACCAGGGGAUGGAAGAAAAGUAACCUUUUUUGAACCUGGCUCUGGGGAUGAAAAUGGAACUGGUAAUAAAGAGGAUGAGUUUAGGAUGCCUUAUCUUAGUCAUCAGCAGCUGCCUGCUGGAAUUCUUCCCAUGGUCCCUGAGGUUGCCCAGGCUGUAGGAGUCAGUCAAGGACAUCACACCAAAGAUUUCACCAGGGCAGCUCCGAAUCCUGCCAUGAUAGCCCGUGAAUUGUUGUAUGGGGGCACCUCACCCACAGCCGAGACCAUUUUAAAAAAUAACAUCUCUUCAGGCCACGUACGCCACGGACCUCUCAUGAGAUCGUCUGAGCAAUUGGACUAUCUUUCUAGAGUCCAGGGAUUCCAGGUUGAAUACAAAGACUUCCCCAAAAACAACAAGAAUGAGUUUGUAUCUCUUAUCAGUUGCUCCUCUCAGCUGCCUCUCAUCAGCCACGGCAUUGGGAAGGAUGUGGAGAACUGCCGUGAUAUGGCUGCACUGAACAUUUUAAAGUUGCUGUCUGAGUUGUACCAACAAAGUACAGAGAUGCCAAGAACAGGAAACAGACCAAUGUCUGUGUGUGGAGGUGCUGAACCUUUUCUGGCCAUGAACCAUUAUAAAAUCCCAACAUACAUACUGAAAACAUUGAAACUGCUUUGAAAAUUUGGAAUUUCUGAUACCUCCAGUGGGCUGAGAGACACAGUGGAUGAUGAACCGGAGAAAACAGUGGCGAUGCAGACGGGAACACAAGGAGGCAGCUGUGGCUGGGUUUGAAUGUGUUGGUGGUUUUUUAUGAUGGGGCCUGAGGAGAGAGUGCCAGCGGGGAACUAGCAGUCUCCACCCAGAGCAGCCUGCGGAGA